AUGCCCACCGAAUUCUCCUAUGAACUGCCACCUUAUUAUGAGCUUAGCUGGUCUAUUCUGAGUACCAUUGGUCUCCUUCUGACCAUUCUGAUUUAUAUCCCCAUCAUCGUGUCUGCAGCCUGCGCUGUUGCCAAUGGCCUCUGCUACUUUGCCUUUUACACCCCGUAUUCCAUCCCAAAUAGAGCUACUGCCAGUGCUUUGGCGGAUAUUCUCUGGCCGAUCCAAGAAGGAGGUCUCGCCUUCCACAGCUACCAAAUCCUCAUUCACACCCUCCGCGACUCCACCCGUCGCCUCUUCCUCACCAUCUUCUGGACACUUAUGUUCAUCGUCGCCCUCCGCGUUUCAAUCCUAGUCAACAGAGUCCUGGGAAUCGUCCAUGGUCACGCGGUCUUCAUGAUAGCCAUCAACAACCUUCACGUAGGCUACUUCACAGCCAUCGCUCUCGUUGAACCUGUAGUGCCACUUUUCUCAACGACGGAGAUGCGCUUUGCGAGUUUGUGUCUGGUCGCUAUUGCUCGGGCUGUGACAUAUUCGUUUCAGGUUAGUUCGCAGGCUGUCACAACGGUGGCCGGGCAGUUGGAUCGGUUUGUGUAUACCUGCGAGUGCCUGUUUCCGUUAAUCAUGGUGUAG